CUCAUGUCGAUCGCUGUCGAUGCGGCUUCGACUCAUCUCUACGUGCCCGGGCUUCGCGAAAACAUAUUGAUGCCGCCUUGAAAGAGGGGGCAACUCCAGCUGAGAUAAUCGAGGUGAUUGAAGUGGCGGGGACAUUGGGCAUCCAUGCUUGCAAAAUCGAGGUCCCCUUACUUGUCGAAGUAAUGAAAGAGGAGGGCAUAUAUGACAAACACGCUAGUGUCGGCAAACCUUUUGAUGAGAAGCGAGAGAAGUUGAAAGCAGACUUUACGAAGAACAGAGGGUACUGGCAUCCCUGCCUGGAAGGAUCUCUUAGCGCUGGAUCCGGAAUUCUUUGAGGCGUGUCUGAAUUUCUCAUCUUUGCCCUGAACUGAAGGAUGUAGACAGCUCGGGUCAGGGAGGUGGCGGGUUGAAGCCCAAGUUGGUAUACUGUGCGUUCGAUGCUGCCCCCACCACCUUUAGGUUCCAGGAUUAAAGCUGCACAUGAAGACCGUCCUGAAGCAUGGUGCAACACCGGAAGAAAUCAUGGAGCUUUUGGAAAUUGCAACUCAACUCAUUCUGCAUACGUCGAAUAUCGGUGCGCCCAUCCUGGCAGAGCGAUUGGGCAAAUCAUGA